UCGUAAUGCUGUUUCUGAUAAAGUUUCAACCUUUUAUCCUUAUUCAUGAACAGAUUCUCCACCAUUCCUUGUUCUUCUCGGUUAUGUUCAAUCGGUUCUUACGUCCAACUCAUCGAAAGCAACGGUCGAGAUCGACUCUUGCCCCAAGGAAGAGAGCUUCACGCUCAUCUCGUGACAUCCGGGAUCGCUCGCUUGACGAGAAUCGCAGCUAAGCUUGUGUCUUUCUACGUGGAAUGCGGAGAAAUUACAGAUGCCAAGAAGGUGUUCGACGAAAUGCCCAAGAGAGAUAUUAGUGGAUGGGUUGUCAUGAUUGGGGCUUGUGCUCGAAACGGGUAUUACCAGGAGUCUUUGGGUGUCUUUAAGGAAAUGAACAAAGAAGGUUUAAAGCUUGAUGCUUUCAUCGUUCCUAGUGUUCUUAAAGCAAGCCGUGAUCUGCUUGACCAAGAGUUUGGGAAGAUGAUGCAUUGUAUGGUUCUCAAAUGUUCGUUUGAGUCUGAUGGUUUUAUAGUUAGUUCGCUUAUUGAUAUGUAUUCGAGGUUCGGGGAGGUAGAUAAUGCGAGGAAGGUGUUUAGUGAUCUGUCUGAACAUGAUUUGGUUGUGUUCAAUGCUAUGAUCUCUGGUUAUGCUAACAAUGGCCAAGCAGAUGAAGCUUUAAACUUGGUGCAAGAUAUGAAACUAGUGGGGAUAAAACCUGAUAUCAUCACUUGGAAUGCUCUGAUCGCAGGUUUCUCGAAUAUUGGAGACGAAGAAAAAGUAUCUGAGAUGCUUGAGAUGAUGUGUUUGAAUGGUCACAAGCCUGACGUUGUGUCAUGGACUUCUAUUAUAUCAGGCCUUGUGUAUAACUUUCAGAACGCUAAAGCUUUUGGUGCUUUUAGACAGAUGUUAACUCAUGGGUUGUAUCCAAACUCAGCUACGAUCACUACCCUUUUGCCUGCUUGCACCACGCUCGCGAAUGUGAAGCAGGGGAAGGAGAUUCACGGCUACUCGGUGGUCAGUGGACUUGAAGGUCACGGUUUCGUUAGAAGUGCUUUGCUCGAUAUGUACGGGAAAUGCGGAUUCAUAUCAGAAGCGAUGAUCUUGUUUCACAAAACUCCCAAGAAGACAACGGUUACUUUCAACUCCAUGAUCUUCUGCUACGCAAAUCACGGGCUCUCAGAAAAAGCUGUUGAGCUGUUUGAACAGAUGGAAGCAACGGGGGAGAGACUCGACCACUUAACAUUCACGGCCAUCCUCACAGCCUGCAGCCACGGCGGGUUAACAGAUCUUGGGCAGAAGUUGUUCCUUUUGAUGCAGAACAAGUACAGAAUCGAGCCGAGGUUGGAGCAUUACGCUUGUAUGGUGGAUCUUUUGGGACGAGCAGGGAAGCUUGUUGAGGCCUAUGAGAUGAUAAAGACUAUGCCAAUGGAGCCGGAUUUGUUUGUGUGGGGUGCUUUGUUAGGUGCGUGUAGGAAUCAUGGGAACAUGGAGCUUGCAAGGAUUGCAGCAGAGCGAUUAGCAGAGCUUGAACCAGUGAACUCAGGGAAUAGAUUGCUUUUGUCCAGUUUGUAUGCCAAUGCAGGUAGUUGGGGAAGUGUGGUUAGGAUGAAGAAGAUGAUAAAGAAGAGGAAGUUGAGUAGGGUUCCAGGCAGCAGCUGGGUAAAUACUGUUUGAUCCAAAGGCUCCUUCUGCAUUUGAUCAUCAAAUAUGACUUAGAUUUGAUAUAAAUGUUAUAUUCAUGUAUAAUCAAAAUUCAUAGAAUUACAACACUGAAUGUUUUAUCAAAUGGCUGUAUCUUCCUAGAAACUAGAUAGAUAAUCGUUUGGUCAA